AUGGACUUAGAUAUUAAUCCAUGGUGGACACUGGAUUUGAGAGCGAGGGUUCAAGUGUUCAGAGUAAAGAUCACCAAUCGAGGAGACUGUUGUGAUGAGCGGCUAAAUGGACUGAAAUCCGAAUUAGGAGCUCGCCGGAGAGCGGCGACCCUUGAUGUGGCACUGAAAGUGAGCAGCACAAACUCCAGCAUUCAUGCCAAGUCCUGCAUGGUACUAUUGUGUGCUACAGUUGAGUCCAUCGAGCUUGGGCAAACACUCUCAUUUGACUGUCAUGGAAUGCAAGGGCGUUAUGUGACUGUGACCAUCCCAAGGCGAGCUGAGUACCUGAGUCUGUGUGAAGUGCAGGUGUUUGGUCUGCCACUGAUUUUCCCUGUCCCAAAUGUAGCACCACAUGGUAUUGCCUCCCAGUUCCACAUAUAUAUGUAUUCCUAUAAGGCUCAGAAUGCUAACAAUGGCUCUUUAUCUGCCAAUGCUUUGAUGGGACAGUGUACCCACACACGUAAAGACUGGUCACCCUGGUGGAGGCUGGAUUUGAAAUCAGAGCAUAAAAUCUUCUCUGUUGCACUAACAAACCGAGGUGACUGUUGCAAGAAUCAGAUAAACAGUGCUGAGAUCCGGAGUGGGAACUCUAAUGAACGAGGUAGAAUAAAGAAUCCAAGAUGUGGGACACUUUUCCACAUGGAUUAUGAGGAAACCCUCUCAUUUGACUGUGAAGGAAUGCAAGGGCGGUAUGUGACAGUGACCAUUCCCGGGACAGCUGAAUACCUCAGUCUGUGUGAAGUGCAGGUCUUUGGUCUCCUUGGAAAAGGCUUUAUUUUCCGAGAAGAAACAGACACUAGCUAUGUAGUCCUGUCUCCAGCACAACCCUUGAGUCUUGGAGCAUUCACACUUUGCAUGAAGGUGGCCUCAGAGUUACCGCCCAAACGGGAAAUCAUUCUUUUCUCCUACCGCACCAAGUAUUAUGACGAAUUCAAUGUGUGGCAAGAGUUUAAUGGCACCUUUAGUUUGUAACUGAGUGGUCCUGGGGUGCACUUCACCCUCCCCAAACUCAACACCUUUGGGAGUCACAUGUGUGUGACCUGGGAAUCCAAAUCUGGUCUCACAGCCUUUUGGGUAAAUGGUAAAAGGAGCUUAAGAAAAGUGCUGAGACCAGGGCAUAGGAUCCAACCACAGGGCAUUGUCAUGCUGGGGCAAGAUCCGGACAUAUUCUGGGGCAGCUUUGAGAAGGCCCAAAGCUUUGUAGGAGAAAUAAGUGACCUUUAUAUGUGGGACUGUGUCUUAUCACCCUCCAUUAUCCAGAAUGUUUACCUGGAUCACUCAUUUCUCAAGGGAAAUAUUUUUGACUGGAAAUCAUUAUCAUAUAAGUGUACAGGAAAUGUGAUUGUGCCAUCCAAACCGUUAACUGGAAUGUAA